UGAAUCAUUUGUGGUUAUAUUUUGUAUUUUAGUAGUUGUAAACCUAUACUACCAUCCGGUAAAUGUUCUGGUUUACUGAAGCCGAAGGUUAAAGGCGUCAGUAAGUACAGUCAACUGGCCUAUUGACGUCUCCUUAUUUGACUUGGAUUGCCUCACUUUGUAUUUAGAAGGGCCGCUGCAUAGUCUCCCGUUUGAAAAGGGUUCAAAGAACUUCAAAGUUUUGGUGGCGAGGCUCGAACAGCGCGUAUUCCCAAAACUGUGUUACGGAGGAGUUGUUUGCAUUGGACUUCCAGAGCGGCAGAAACCUCGAGUGCGAACUUGGAAAAGUUUCUUACUAGCGAACGGCGAUUUGUGAUUUGUCCCCUCGGUUUCCCUCUAGACAUCCUACACUGGAAUAGGAACUACCCCUGAAACACACAUGGUACAACCCAAUGCACCUUUUGAUCAUUCCAGCAGAAGCAGCAGCGACUGACUGUGCAACAACAUUUCAAGGUUCUUGGUGGAGUUGCGGUGUCCUGAAUUGAGCCGCGUCUGUACUUCAACUUAGCCUGUGUCUGAACGGGAUCACAGACGCCUUAAACAAUGGUUUUUAAAGAGUUAUUAAUCUAACUCAGUUCAUCCGAAGGGUGCUGAUACUUCAAAGAGAAACAUUUGCGAAAUAAAGCGCGAGCGAGAGAGAGGAUUCUUCACGAUGAGGCUCACUGCGGUGCUUUGUGGCAGUCUUUUAACUUUCAUGCUUCUCGCCGAAGGUGUUUUAGGUGCCGCCGAAUGCUCAUGUGGAAGAAAUCACUUCACAUGUGCGGUCAGUGCGUUUGGCGAGUGCACGUGCAUCCCGGCGCAGUGGCAGUGCGAUGGUGACAAUGACUGCGGCGAUCACAGCGAUGAAGACGGCUGCAUAUUGCCCACAUGCUCACCAUUAGACUUUCACUGCGAUAAUGGAAAAUGCAUCCGGCGCUCGUGGUUAUGCGAUGGAGACAACGACUGUGAGGAUGACUCCGAUGAACAAGACUGUCCUCCACGAGAAUGCGAGGAGGAUGAGUUUCAUUGUCAAAAUGGAUACUGUAUCCGGAGCCUGUGGUACUGUGAUGGAGACAAUGACUGUGGAGAUAACAGUGAUGAGCAGUGCGAUAAGAGGAAGUGUUCUGAUAAAGAGUUCCGCUGUUCAGAUGGAAGCUGCAUCGCAGAACACUGGUACUGUGAUGGAGACACCGACUGCAAAGAUGGAACUGAUGAAGAGAAUUGCCCAUCUGACGUGAUGACAGCCACAUGCAGUGUUGAGGAGUUUCAGUGUGCAUAUGGCCGCUGCAUUCUGGACAUCUACCACUGUGAUGGAGAUGACGACUGCGGGGACUGGUCUGAUGAGUCGGACUGUUCCUCCCACCAGCCCUGCCGUUCUGCAGAGUUCAUGUGCAGCAGUGGCAUGUGUAUAAAUGCAGGCUGGAGGUGUGACGGAGAAUACGACUGUGACGACCAAUCAGAUGAAAAGAACUGCAGUACGUCGAUGUGCAUGGCUGAUCAGUUUCGCUGUAUGUCUGGUCGAUGUGUGCGGUUGUCAUGGCGCUGUGAUGGGGAGGAUGACUGCUCUGACAACAGUGAUGAAGAAGGCUGUGAAAAGACGGAAACUCCUCCAUGUGCUUCGGAUCAGUUCCUGUGUGGAAAUGGCCGCUGUAUUGGCCAGCGCAAGGUUUGUAAUGAUGUCAAGGACUGUGAAGACGGGACUGAUGAGCAUCCGCACCAGGACUGUCGCUCCAAGUCAAGUGAAGAAAACUGUAAUGUUAACAAUGGAGGCUGCUCACAGAAAUGCCAGAUGUCUCGAGGUCUGGUGCAAUGCACUUGUCACACCGGCUACACAUUAACACAGGACGGGAAGACAUGCAGAGAUGUUGAUGAGUGUGCAGAUGAAGGUUAUUGUAGUCAAGGCUGUACCAACAUAGAAGGAGGAUUUCACUGCUGGUGUGUGCAAGGUUACGAGCUUCGACCCGACAAACGCAGCUGCAAAGCUUUGGGUCCAGAACCAGUUUUGUUGUUUGCGAAUCGGAUUGAUAUCCGUCAGGUUCUGCCGCACCGCUCAGAAUACACAUUAUUACUGAAUAAUCUGGAAAAUGCCAUUGCGUUGGACUUUCAUCAUAGCGAAGAGCUGGUGUUCUGGUCAGAUGUGACACUGGACCGUAUCAUGAGAGCCAGUCUGAACGGUAGUAAUGUGGAGGAGGUUGUGUCCACGGGACUUGAGAGUCCAGGUGGUCUGGCCAUAGACUGGAUUCAUAAUAAGCUCUACUGGACUGACUCAGGAACGUCUCGUAUUGAAGUGGCUAAUCUGGAUGGCACACAGCGUAAAGUGCUUUUAUGGCAGAGGAUGGAGAAACCCCGUGCCAUCGCUCUGCACCCCAUGGAAGGGAAGAUUUACUGGACCGACUGGGGAAAUAUGCCAUGCAUUGAAUAUGCCAACAUGGACGGCUCUAAUCGCAAAAUAAUUGCGGAUACGCACCUCUUCUGGCCCAAUGGACUUACCAUUGACUACGCCAGUCACCGUAUGUACUGGGUGGACGCCAAACACCACGUCAUUGAAAGAGCUGACCUGGAUGGGAAGAACAGAAAGGCUGUCAUCAGCCAAGGUCUUCCACAUCCUUUUGCCAUCACCGUGUUUGAAGACAGUCUUUACUGGACCGACUGGCACACUAAGAGUAUCAACAGUGCAAACAAGUUUACUGGCAAGAACCAAGAGGUCAUCCGAAACAAGCUGCACUUUCCCAUGGACAUCCACACCCUACACCCACAGAGACAACCUGCAGGUGGGAGAAACCGCUGUGGAAGCAAUAAUGGAGGCUGCAGUCACCUGUGUCUUCCAAGCAAUAAGACCUACACCUGUGCGUGUCCUACAGGCUUUAAAAAGGUGGAUCACUAUAACUGUGCCCAGAGUCUUGACAAGUUCCUGCUUUUUGCCCGAAGGACGGACAUCCGUCGAAUCAGCUUUGACACUGAAGACAAGCUGGACGACGUCAUUCCACUGGCUGAUAUUCGAAACGCAGUGGCCCUGGACUGGGACUCUAGUGAGCGUUAUAUAUACUGGACUGACGUCACCACUGAUUCCAUCAACCGAGCGAAAUGGGAUGGAAGCAAACAGGAGGUUGUGGUGGACACCAGUUUGGAAAGCCCUGCAGGUCUAGCUAUCGAUUGGCUUACACACAAACUGUACUGGACUGAUGCAGGCACAGAUCGGAUUGAAGUUUCAAACACGGAUGGAAGCAUGCGCACAGUUCUGAUCUGGGAGAACCUCGACCGUCCUCGGGACAUUGUUGUUGAUCCGAUCGGAGGAUUCAUGUACUGGACAGACUGGGGUGCCAAUCCUAAGAUUGAGCGCGCUGGAAUGGACGCAUCCAACCGUACUGUUAUCAUCUCAACAAACCUGACCUGGCCUAACGGAUUGGCAAUAGACUAUAGCACUGAGCGGCUGUACUGGGCCGAUGCUAGCAUUAAGACCAUUGAGUAUGGCAACUUCGAUGGAUCAGGCAGACAGGUGUUGAUUGGCAGUCAGUUGCCUCAUCCGUUUGGGUUGACGCUCAAUGAAGACAGAAUUUAUUGGACAGACUGGCAAUCCAAGAGCAUCCAAAGUGCAGACAAGCUCACUGGUUUGGACCGAAGAACGCUGGCAGAAAACCUUGAAAACCUCAUGGACAUUCACAUGUUCCACCAUCAUAGAACUACAGUCCAGACGCCCUGUUCGGUGAAUAAUGGCGGCUGCAGUCACCUUUGCCUCCUGGCUCCUGCUCCCAAAGCCUCAAGCUGUGCAUGUCCCACUGGUAUCAACCUGCAGGCGGAUGGCAAGACUUGCACUCACGCAAUGAACAGCUUCCUGAUCUUUGCCCGGCGGACAGACAUCAGAAUGAUUUCUUUGGACAUCUCGUACUUCGCUGAUGUGGUUCUGCCAGUCAGCGUGUCUAUGAAGAACACCAUUGCCAUUGGAGUGGAUGCAGUAGAAGGUAAAGUGUACUGGUCAGACAGUACAUUAAAGAAAAUCAGCAGAGCCAAUGUCAAUGGUACAGAAUAUGAGGACAUUAUUUCAACUGGUCUGAUGACCACAGAUGGUCUGGCAGUGGAUUCAGUGGGCAGAAAAAUCUACUGGACUGACACGGGGACGAACCGCAUUGAGGUGGCUAAUCUCAAUGGCUCCAUGAGAAAAGUGCUUGUGUGGCAGAACCUGGACAGCCCUCGUGCCAUCGCCCUGUUCCAUGAGAUGGGGUACAUGUACUGGACGGACUGGGGUGAGCAUGCCAAGCUGGAGCGCUCCAGUAUGGAUGGUUCAGAUCGCGUAGUUCUGAUAAAUAACAAUCUUGGCUGGCCUAAUGGACUGGCCGUGGACAAAGCUGGAUCACAGCUGCUAUGGGCCGAUGCACAUACUGAGCGGAUUGAAGCAUCUGAUCUUAAUGGUUCAAACCGGAGGACCCUGGUGUCUCCCGUCCAGCACCCGUACGGUCUCACUCUGUUGGGGCCGCACAUGUACUGGACAGACUGGCAGAGCCGCAGUAUUCAUAGAGCGGACAAGGACACUGGGACAAACGCCAUCACGGUCCGCUCCAACUUGCCCGGCCUCAUGGACAUCCAGGCUGUUGACCGGGCAAGACCUUUGGGCUUCAAUAAAUGUGGCAGGAGAAACGGUGGCUGCUCUCACCUGUGUCUGCCUCGGCAUAAUGUGACGUCUUGUGCGUGUCCCACUGGUAUUCUGCUGAAAAGUGAUGGGAGAUCAUGUGACAAUUUGCCUGAAACGUUCCUGCUCUUUUCAAAUCGUGUCAGUGUUCGAAGAAUCUCUCUAGACACUAAUGACCACACAGAUGUGUAUGUGCCUGUGCCCGAGUUGCAUAAUGUGAUUUCUUUGGACUAUGACAGCGUGGAGAGGAAACUCUACUAUACGGAUGUGUCACUGGAUGUUAUAAGGCGGGUGGAUUUAGACGGCAGCAAUAUGGAAACUGUGAUCAGUCAGGGUCUGAAGACGACUGAUGGACUUGCUGUUGACUGGGUGGCCCGUAACAUGUACUGGACAGACACCGGCCGUAACACCAUUGAAGUGGCUCACUUAGAUGGUACGUCUCGGAAAGUUCUGGUGAAUAACAGUCUGGAUGAACCAAGAGCCAUCGCUGUGUUUCCUAGCAAGGGGUUCCUGUUCUGGACAGAUUGGGGUCACAUUGCAAAGAUUGAGCGUGCUUACCUGGAUGGCACAGACAGGAAAGUCCUCAUCAACACAGAUCUGGGAUGGCCAAACGGCUUGACACUGGACUAUGACACCCGCAGGAUCUUUUGGGUGGAUGCACACUUGGACCGCAUAGAAAGUUCUGACUUGAAUGGCAAACUGCGUCAAAUUCUCAUCAGCCCCGUAUCACACCCGUUUGCCCUCACGCAGUUGAAACCGGUAUACUCUCCUUUAACUCCUUUUUCCCGAAUCUCACAGCAAGACCGUUGGAUUUACUGGACGGACUGGCAGACCAAGUCUAUUCAGCGAGUAGAUAAGCAUACAGGUCGUAGUAAGGAAACUGUGCUGGCUAAUGUAGAGGGCCUCAUGGACAUCAUAGUGGUGUCGCCACAAAGACAGACUGGAACAAAUCAUUGUAGUGUGAAUAAUGGGGGCUGCACACACUUGUGUCUUGCGCGGGGUAACAGUUUUGUGUGCGCAUGUCCAGAUGAAACUGACGGCAGACCUUGCUCUACAAUCUCUGGUUACAUUCCUACGGCAUCUGAGAAAGACUCUAAAGGUACUCAAGCCCCCAAAAAACACCCCACAGAGAAACCUCAUCAGGGCCUGUCAGGGGUCAAUUGUACAGAUGCAAGUCUCAAUCAAGAGGACUGCAUCCAGAACAAUGUGGUGUCUGCACCUCGUGAUGAGAGCCCUCAUAUCAGCUACGUGAUUGGUGGAGCUCUUUCAAUACUGGCCAUCCUGAUACUCAUCGCUGCAUUCAUUAUUUACAGGCACAAAAAAUUCAAGUUUGCAGAUCCAGGAGUGAGCAACUUGACUUACAGCAACCCUUCAUACAGGACAUCAACACAGGAGGUUAAAAUAGAGACUGCACAGAAACCCGCGAUAAACAACCAGCUGCGAUAUAAAAAAGAGGUCCAGGGCGUUUGUGAUGGAGGCUACACUAAAGAGAAGAUCCGCAUCGUGGAAGGCGUGUGUCUGCUCUCAGGAGACGAUCUUUACUGGGAAGACUUGAGACAGUUGAAGGUGUGCCGAGGAGCCGGGCUUCAUGCCUGUAUGCGCACGGAUACCGUCUCGCUACAGGCGAGCUCUGCCUCUCUGAACGACGGAGAGACCGAACAGCUGCUGCAGGGCGACCAAUCAGAGUGCUCGAGUCUCAGCACCGCCCACGCCGUGACGGCUCAGCAUCACAGCGCGCAUCCCGACACCGGCUGGGUCCCCAACCGUAAAGCCUCUACUGAGAGCGAAGUGUGAAACUGUACUAACAAACACGGUCACCAUGGGGGCAGAAACUUCUGACCAGAAAAAGGCUUGAAUACACUGUUAUUAGAAGUCAAACAGGUAGGUACGGUCAUACGGACCAUAUAUAUAUAUAUAUAUAUAUAUAUAUACAC